GCACUGGACCCUCACAGUGCUGUUUCUGUAAUGCAUUGAAGCUGUGGCACUUCUGGAGAUGGAAGAAAACCAGAUAACCCUGGGCAACCUUGAGAAGGGCGCUGAUAACCCAGCUUUCAGCUCCGUGGGGGAGGAGAGACUCUAUGAGGAACAUGAUGGUCCAUGUGGUGAGAGUGAAGAGGAGAGGAGAGAAGGGGAAGGGAGAUUCUCCUCCUACUGCAGGAAGGCCCUGCAGCCGGUAUCCAAGGCAAAGCACUUCUGCAAGGCUCAUGCCAAGGUGUUGAGAAGAGUCAUCCUGUGGCUUCUUGGAAUAGCCUACCUGUGCUACUUUAUUGCGGCCUGUUGGCUCAAUUUCCAGCGAGCCCUUGCCUUGGUUGUCAUGACUGCUGUGGUUGUUUUCUUCAUCUGUUGGAACCUCUUCAAGAAGCACUGUGGGGCAAAGGUAUUGCUGCUCCUCAGCUCUGUUUGGAAACGCUUCCAUAAGUUCUGGCCAUGGUUGAAAUGGCUUCUGUUUGUGGCCCACCUGGGAGGCCUGAUUAUGUGGCUGGCUUUGAACACCUCCGGAAAUCCAGAGCAGCUCAUCUCAUUAGCUGGCUUCUGCUUUUUGGUGCUGUUCCUGUUUGCCUGCUCCAAGCACCAUGGUGAAGUGUCCUGGAGAGCUGUUUUCUGGGGUCUUGGCUUAGAGUUCUUAUUUGGACUCUUGGUCCUCCGAACAACCCCCGGCAUUCAAGCCUUCCAGUGGCUGGGUGACCAGAUCCAGUUCUUCCUGGGCUACACCACAGCUGGCUCCAGAUUCGUCUUUGGAAACACACUCAUUGAAGAAGUCUUUGCCUUUCAGGCUCUGCCCAUUGUGGUUUUCUUCAGUUGUGUGAUGUCCAUCCUCUACUACCUUGGUGUCAUGCAGUGGCUCAUUGUCAAGAUCUCUUGGCUGCUUCAGGUUUCGAUGGGCACCACACCCACUGAGACCCUGAGUGUGGCAGGGAACAUCUUCGUGGGACAGACUGAAGCCCCGCUGCUCAUCCGCCCAUACCUUGCAGACAUGACCCGUUCAGAAAUCCACGCUGUGAUGACUGGUGGCUUUUCCACCAUUGCAGGCAGUGUGAUGGGUGCCUACAUAUCCUUUGGGAUAGAUGCGGCAUCACUGAUUGCAGCCUCUGUGAUGGCUGCACCCUGUGCCCUUGCCAUGUCCAAACUCGUCUACCCUGAAGUGGAAGAGUCCAAGUUCAAGGGCAAAGCAAGCAUCCACCUCUCCAGUGGGGAAGAGCAGAACAUCUUGGAAGCUGCAAGCAACGGAGCUGCCGCCUCUGUGGGGCUUGUGGCCAACAUUGCAGCCAACCUCAUCGCCUUCUUGGCGGUGCUGGAGUUCAUCAACACUGCUCUGCACUGGUUUGGGGAGAUGGUAGACAUCGAGGGACUCUCCUUCCAGCUGAUCUGCUCCUACGUCCUCAUGCCCGUGGCCUUUCUCAUGGGGGCAGACUGGGCAGACUCGCCACUGGUGGCCGAGCUCUUGGGGAUCAAGAUCUUCCUGAACGAGUUUGUGGCAUACCAGCAGCUGGCCACGUACAAGAAGAACCGUCUGUCAGGCCUGGAGGAGUGGGAUGGGAGCCGGAAGCAGUGGAUAUCUGAAAGAGCCGAGAGCAUUGCCACCUUUGCCCUCUGCGGAUUCGCCAACCUCAGCUCCAUUGGGAUCAUGCUGGGAGGCCUAGCUUCCAUGGCACCCCAACGCAAGGGUGACUUAGCCUCCAUCGUGCUGCGAGCCCUGCUCACUGGUGCCUGCGUCUCCAUGCUCAAUGCCUGCCUGGCAGGUCUCCUUCAUGUGCCAACGGAGGUGGGCAACUGUGUGACCUUCCUCAGUACUGCCAACUUCAGCUCUACCAGCUACACCAUGUACACGUGCUGCAAGCAGCUCUUUGCCAGCUCGGUGCUCAUGAACGGGACACUCUCCUUCACAGGAGCCUGGGCCAGUGUGGGGGACAGCACGCUGUGCCUGACGCAAUGCUGCAGGCAUUACAACCACACAUCCUGUGCAGGGACAACCUAGAAAUGUGCAGGCAGCUGCCUGGGAACACCAGGGUUUGCUAGGCCUGGCCCCAAAGGCAGAAAAAAAACCUAGCAAGAGACCUGUGCAUUUAGUCUUCUCCACUCCAGUGAUGACUGAUAGCCACAUGCACCCUGCAACCAGCACCCUUCAGUGCUGGCCCUGUGGACAUGAGGGAACUGCUCCCAAAUAAAUCAUGGAAAGCCCCAUGUACUUGC